UACAGAAGCGCGAGGGGGGCCUCAUACCCCAAUGUUAUCCCAUAGCGUACCUUCGGACAGGCCUGUAGCCUAAUGGACUACUCCAAAUCUUUUCACAAACGCUCGGAUUUUUUGAAGAUUUAAAACAUUUUCUUCAUAUUUUCCUGUUCAAGUCAGUGGGAUGAUUGAAAAGGAUUCGGAUUCGCUUGGAGAUCUAGAGGUAUUUUAGCCCAACCGUGGCUUUUUCGGAAUAUCCAAAACGGACAGUUUAUUUUACAUAAGUUUACCCGUUGUGGAUAAUGGAUGGCAGAGAUUUCGGUCCCCCCCGAUCCGUCCACGUCCCACCGCCGCUGCUGGCUGGGAUCGCCAUGGAGUCUCACCGACUCGGAGCCGCUGCUGCAGCCGGGAGAUUCCCUCCCUCGCCCGGCCACUUGGGCUCGGGGCAUCCGCCGCCUCUCCAUUCUGGGAAAUUCAUGCCAUCGGCCAUUAACCUACAUCAACAUCAUAACGAGGCCUUCCCAGCAGCCUCCAGCCCCUUCCUGGCAGGCUAUCCUGGCCCCUCCCCCAUGACCUCUGACCCUGCGUACCGAUCAGCCAAUCCCAGCAGCCUGCAGGUGUCUCAGCUAUGGGCCUCCCACUCUCACGAAGGGUACCCUCACCUCCCUGGUGGUUUGUACCCCAGUCCCUACCUGCCCCUGGGGCAUCUGGAGCCCCACUCCCUGGCUCAGCACCCUCUCUAUGACUCACACCAAGAGGGUUUCUACCUGCCUGCGUCCAUAAGCCAGCCCUCCCUCCACCCCUCCCAGGCUCCCCCCGGUGCCACGCCCCCCCAGAGGAGCCCCCGAGAGGGCGGGCGAGACAGGCCUUACAGGGUGGAGAGGUCCAGAGAAGAGACCCAUCAGAACAGCGUUGUAGACCUGACCCAAGACAGCAGGACCGAGGAGGAUCGCAGGGCGAGGAGCGGAGAAAGGGAGAGAGACAAAGAGAGAGAGAGGGAGAGAGAGAAGGAGAGAGAGAGGGAGAGGGACAGGGAGAGGGACAGGGAGAGAGAGAGGGAAAGGGAGAGAGAGAGAGAGAGGGAGAGAGACAGUGAAAGAGAGAGGGACAAAGAGAGGGAUCAGGGCUGGUCCUUCCACUCCCAGCCCCUGCCCACUCCAGGUGAGCCCCGACCCAGAGCUCCCCCCCAGCCCUGCUUCCUCCCUGGGGGGGAGCCCCGACCCAGAGCUCCCCCCCAGCCCUGCUUCCUCCCUGGGGGGUGCUUUACGGGCCGCUACCCCGGCCUGGAGCCAGACAGCAGGGGGGGCCAGGAGGAGGAGCCCAGCCCAGCGCCUCUCUCAGACGGGCUGAGGAGGAACUACUCGGUGGCCACACCCCUCGGAACCUUACACGCCUCCUACAGGGCCCCCCCCGCCGGCCUGCCCCUCCCCCGCCCCCCUACACCACGGGAGCCAAUCAGGGAGCAGCGUGUGAGCGCACCAACGUACGUGCCUUCCGUGGAGGUUUACGAAGAGAGGGCGGGGCCUAUCCAGAUCGCCUCACAGGCGCGGGACAACAAGCAAGACAAACACAGAGAGAGGGAGCGAGAGAGGGAGCGAGAGAGGGAGCGAGAGAGGGAGAGGGAGAGGGAGCGAGAGCGAGAGGGGGAGAGGGAGCGAGAGAGGGAGAGGGAGCGAGAGGGGGAGAGGGAGAGCUACAGGUUUCAAGAGAGGACGAUAAUGGAGCCCACCAGUUCUUUCCUUACUGGUGAACUGUCCAAUCAGAGAGAGGAGGGCUCUGUGAUUCGCUCAAGCAGCUCGGCCAUGAAGCGAGGCCCGCCCUCUGACACGUACUCCAGCCAAUCCCGGUUCAGCCCAGACUCCCGAGACAUGCCCAAACAUGCCAUGCGAUUGGGUCUGGAGCGGGCGGGGGCGGAGUCCAAAUGGAACCCCAUCAGCCCAAUGGCGAACUACGCUACAAGUCACAUGGCCGCUCUGGCGGCCCAGCACGCACACACCCAGCCCUUCCACACCCCCACGGCCCACUCACACCCCUCCCACUCGCCCCACACCUCACACACACCGCACUCUCCUCUCACACACCCCUCCCAACACGGACACACACACAACCCACAGGCCCAGCGUGGGGCUGAGGAGGGGCAACAGCGCCGGUACCUGGACCCCUCUGCCCUCUACCGACCCGGAGGUGGACCAGGGGGGGGUCCAGGGGGGCCAGGCCCCGAGCCAGGGGAGGUGUCUGCUAUGCAGAGCCUGAUCAAAUACAGCGGCACUUUCCCCUCUGACUCCCCGGGGUCCUCCAGACAGGAAGGCCGGGGGCCCUUUGGGGGCCUAGGGAGCAUGAGGGGGGAGGCGGGAGGCGGGGGGGAGCGGGCGGGGGCGCUGAGGGGGGUACCCCCCCAGCUGAAGAGGGAGCAGGAGCGCCCUGACAGCGCCCGCUCGUUUGGGCGGGAGGGAGAAGGGGAGGGGCGUCACCCGCCUGUGGGUAUAGCGGUUGCCGUGGCGAGGCAGAGGGACAGCAGCAAGCAGAGCGGCCUCCCCCUGCUGGGUGGGGUCAAAGACGAAGAGCGAGGGGAAGAUCGUGGCCGUCACCAUGACGACAGGCUCCUGGCUGGCCGUCACCAUGACGACAGGCUCCUGGCUGGCCGUAUUGAGCGUGAACAGGAGAAAGUGCUCAGAGAGAGCAAGGAGCUGGCUGAGUUCACCCAGACACACCCCCCCCUGGCGUCCAGCAGUCUGACCUCCAGCAUGAUGACCCCUAACCUGAUGGUGACAGGAGGAGCCGCACUGGGGGCGGGGCGCUGGCCCGGUGACCCCUCACCUCUCACCUCUCACCACUGGCUGCCUCGCCCGGGAGCACCACCUGUCUGGCUGUCCAGCUCUCCCUACGGUCUGGGCCCCUCCUCCCUGCCCCCAGGAUACCCCUCCUCUCUGCCAGGCUCCAUGCCCACUCCGUACCAGUUUGCCCGGGACCCCCAGUCUGGGCAGCUGCUGGUCAUCCCCACAGAGCACCUGCCACACUACGGAGGAGAGGUGCUGGAGCGUGGUGGCGCCCCCGUGUGGCCGGGCCUGUACGGUGCAGGCAGCUCCCUGCAGCAUGCAGCCCAGCUGCAGCUGCUCUCCCAGCAGCAGCUCCUCAGGCAGCAUGAGCUCAUGCUGAUCCAGCAGCACACAGCGCAGGUGCUGCAGCUACAGAGGAACGCACAGCUGGUGGAGCGUCUGAAGGCUAGUGAGAGAAGCGAGCGGGAAGACAAGCCAGACAAACGGAACCCUGAGCCCAAGCCCCGCCCCUCCUCAGUCUCCUCCCCCUCUCCUGUCCUGCACCCUCGCAAGCUUCCUCUGCGCUCGCCCACCCCCUCCUCCUCCUCCCUCACCCCCUCCUCCUCCUCCUUCACCCCCUCCUCCUCCUCCUUCACCCCCUUGCCCCCCCUCCCCUCCCCCGUCAACACCCUCAAGUCAGAGGAAGGACCGAGAGUCCUAUCCCACCCACCGACCCCCCUCCCUCACACGGCCUCCCCUCGCUCCGCCUCGCCACCUCCCCCAUCCCCCCUCAGACCUAAACUGGAGUCGGGGGAGGGUGGGCGGAGGGAGCAGAGGGAGGCGCAGAAGCAGAGCUCCUUCCAGAGCCGUUACCCAGAAAUGUCUCCGGGCUAUCCAUACCAGCCCCUCACUGGUCCCGUCACCUCCCCAUACCCCUCCUACCGCCUCCCUAUCCCUGCGGGGGCAAACACUGACUCUCUGCCCCCUCUCCACCCCCAUGCCAUAGCCCCAGGCGCCCCCGAGCCACCUGUGAACAUCAAGCCCAUACCCCUCUCCACAGACGUCAAGCCCAGUUCUGUGAAUCCUCCAGUCCAGGGACCCUUGCUCAAACAAGAGCCUGACCUGGAGCAGCCCCAGCUGGGCAUGACUCUGGCUGCCCUGGGCCCUCUCCACCGGAGCUCCAGCCCAGCCUCCCCCCACCAGCAGGGGGAGGGCCCCCUGGCCCCCUCCGGCCCCCUGGCCCCCUCCGGCCCCCUGGCCCCCUCCGGCCCCCAGGCCCCCGCCGGCCCCCUGCCCAAGCAAGCACUGGAGCAGCACUUGGAGCAAGCGAAAGAAGAGAGAGACAGAGGUCCGGUCAAAAUGGAGGUGUCAUCUUACCCCUGCCAGGAGGAUUACUCGCUCCCACCGCCUGUUCCAGAGGCGGAGCCUAAAACAGAGGUCACAGAGGGGUCACAGGUCACGUAUUACCCAUCAUGCCUUACUGCUGGUACUGCCAGCUAUGAGGCGGCCCGUGUGUGUGAACCACAGCAGCCCGACACACACUCCCACACACGCUCCCAGCCUCCCAGCCUGAGAGAGACUGGGCUUGCCCCUCUCCACCUCCCCCCCCCCUCCUCCCCCCUCGCCAUCCUUCCUGAGGACCCCAUGGCGGGGAUGAAUGCGCUACUGGCUGCCAGUGAGAUGCCCCAGGCCUGCCCUGGCUCCACCCCUGCUCUGCUGGCCCUGCCCCAGACGGAACUCUCUCUCCUGGGGAGGGAGAGUGGCAGUGCUGGGACCCUGGAGGUCUGGGCUCUGGAGGGAAUGGUCCUGCUUAGCCACAUGGCUCAGCUGGAGAUGGAGAGAAUCAGGCAGGAGCAAGAGCUGGCUCUGGGCGGUCUGGGCUGCCUGCUGGAGGCCAGCCGGCAGGUGCUGCUGGAGGCCAUAGAGCAGCAGUCUCACAUGCAGCUGGCCCGGGAGCUGCGCCCCCACAAGACCUACAGCUGGAGGCAGAGGAAGGAGGAGCCGUUGUUCAGUAAGACGGAGGAGGUGCUGGACGUCCUGGAGGUGGACCUGCGUGUGCGCCUGGCGGAGCUGCAGAGGAGAUACAAGGACAAGCAGAGGGAGCUGGGGCGCAUACAGAGACACACAGACAGACAUGAGAGGCAGCAGGAGGAGGAAAGGCGGAGUCUGGCACCACGGGGGCGGGGCAGACCCAGGAAGAGGAAAUACUUGACCACGCCCUCCAAAUUAGACAGCAGGCCUGGGAGGCUGGCCAGGAGUCAGCAGUACUCGGAGGACUCUGAGGCCGGCGAGGCCCAGAGGAAGAGGCUCCGCCCCUCCAUAGAGGAGGACGAUAGGCUCCGCCCAUCCAGAGAGGAGGACGAUAGGCUCCGCCCCUCCAGAGAGGAGGACGAGACGGACGGAGGAGCGAAGAAGAAGAAGAAGAACAAGAUGAUGUGGGCCGACCAGGAGCCGUCCACCAGUCACACUCCAGAGAUAUUUAAAGGAAAGCAUGGGCUUGUCUGUGAGCAGGACCAGCUGGCGAGCGACCUAGACCGUGCCCUCUCCCUCUCUCAGCUGGGCUCCUUUGCCUCGACCCGUAGACCCCCCACCGGACCCCUGGCAAAGGGUGAAAGGUCAAAGGGCAGAGCGGUGGAGGGUCGGAGGAAGGAGCGAGGGCCCCUGUUGGCCAAAGGGGGGAAACACAAGACGGAGGGCCGAGCUGUGGUCUCCGAGGCUGGCGUGAAGGUGAAAGGUCAGAGGUCAGAGGUGAAAGGUCAGAGGAAGAUGGCGAUAUCUCCACUCCGCUCAGAGAUCAGCAGCUUCUCCAACAACUCUGACUCAGAGGAGGAUGAUUCAGUACGGGGGGGCUGGCCCCCCCCCUCUAGCUCGCUAGCCCACAGAAACAGGAAGAGGCGGUCCACCACGUCGCCGACGUCCCUGCUGGCCAAUCAGACGUCUCGAGAGAGGAAACACAAGCACUUAUCUCUGCUGCUGCAGGAGGCGGGCCUCAGCUCCUCUGAUGACUCCUUUGACCAAGAGUCCUCCAGCGAGGAUGAUGAUGAUGAGUCUGGCUUGGAGGGGAGUGAGGGUGAGGAGAGUGGGCUGGGCCUGCUGGCCAGGUUUGCGGCUAGGGCGCUUCCUGUGACCUCCACGUCCGUCAUCCUCCUUUCUGACAGCAAACACCGCAGAAUGCUAAGCACUCUGGGGUCAGAGUGUGAGGAGUCAGAGGGGUCAGACUCGGGCUCUGACGUGCGUCUGAGGAAGUUCCCGUCUCUGCUUCACGGCAAGCGCUCUGCCCCCGAACUCCCGCUGUUACCCCCGGCAACCCGCCGCAUCGACCAGACCAGCCCGACCAAGCGAGAGGAGCCGCAGCCAAUCAAACGCAAACAGCCUCCUAGGCCACGCCCCUCGCCACGGCGCUUCACCUUUGACCUCUCGGUGGGAGGGGUCAGCGAAGAGGAGUGCUGGACUCGCCGACGCAGCGAAAGAAUCUUCCUCCAUGAGGCAGCGACCAAUCAAAUCUCUCCAUCCAACACGACCUCCGCCAACCAGAUGUCUUCCUCCAGCUCAGCCCCUCCCCUCACCCCGAAGCCCUCCAAACCCAAACCCCCCCCCCCGUCCAGCAUGGAGGGGAAACACACUGGGAAGAAGAAGAAAAUGAAGGACUCCCCUGUCAGCCCCCCUGUCAGCCCGCCCACUAGGUCUAGUCCAAUCACAGAUGGCCCUUUGGCUCGUCCUCUCAGCCCUUCUCACAAGAGCCAAUCCAAGGCCAAGGCCAGAGAGUCUCGGGGUGCAGUCAGUAGGCUGAUGGAGAGCAUGGCAGCAGAUGAGGACUUUGAGCCCAAUCAGGACAGCAGCUUCAGUGAAGAUGAACUCCUCCCACCGUCUAGCAACAGCCUAUCAGAGAAGACAUCCGCACCUGCUCCCAUCCAGUGUGUUCUGGAUAAAGACUCUCUGGUGGACGGUCUCCGAGUGCUGAUCCCCAUGGACGACCAGCUGCUGUACGCUGGGCAUGUCAACACUGUCCACUCCCCAGACAUAUACAGCGUGGUGGUAGAGGGAGAGAGAGGGAACAGGCCUCACAUCUACUGCCUGGAACAACUGUUGCAGGAGGCUAUUGUGGAUGUGAAGCCCCCGUCAGUGGCUUGUCUCCCUGAGGGCUGUCGUGUAGCUGCGUACUGGAGCCAGCAGUACCGCUGCCUGUACCCUGGGACCGUCGUCAACGGAAGCUCAGACGAGGAUGAGAAUGAUGACCUCAUAACCGUGGAGUUUGACGAUGGUGACACAGGGCGCAUACCCCUCUGCCACAUCCGCCUGCUGCCCCGCGACUACAAGAUCCAGUGUGCCGAGCCCUCCCCAGCGCUGCUAGUGGCCAGCUGCUCCAGGAGGCGUGUCAGGAAGUGCAGUAAGGAGUGCACAGACACUGGUUCGAAGGUCCAAGACUCCGCCCCCAAAAACAGAGGGAGGGGCCGUAAACCCAAACCCAAACUUGAGCCCCCAGCUACUCCAGAACCUCCACCCUCCUACCAGCCUCCUGACAGACCCCAACCUACUGCCAUGCCUGCCCAAGAAAAGCCCUCCCCAGCCCAGAGAGCCGCUCAGGAAAGACCCCUGUCCGCCACUAAGCCUGGGCCCAAAACAGGCCGCAAAAGCUCCACCCCCUCAACAGGCCCUUCCCCUAGCUCCACCUCCUCCACAGGCCCCUCCCCUAGCCAGUCGCCCAAGAAGCCCAGCCCAGGCCCAGCUCCUGCCCCGCCUGCCCGGGCCCCACCUGCCCGGGCCCCGCCUGCCCGGGCCCCGCCUGCCAGGGCCCCGCCUGCCAGGGCCCCGCCUGCCAGGGCCCCGCCUGCCAGGGCCCCGCCUGCCUCGCUCUUCCCCUCAGGCUAUGGGAAGGUUCUCACAGUGGACCUGUAUACUGAACCCAGCCUGAACUCCUACAACCAGCGCAGGGAGGCUGGUCGCAGCAGUAGUCUCAGUCCCAGACCAGGACCCAAACCCAGCUCCACCCCCAAACCCAGCUCCACCCCCAAACCCAGCUCCACCCCCAAACCCAGCUCCACCCCCAAACCCAUCUCCACACCCAAACCCAUCUCCACACCCAAACCCAGCUCCACCCCCAAACCCAGCUCCACCCCCAAACCCAGCUCCACACCCAAACCCAGCUCCACCCCCAAACCCACCUCCACCCCCAAACCUAUCUCCACCUCCACUCCCAAACCUAGCUCCACCCCCAAAACCACCUCCAAACCAAAACAUCCACCUGAUUCUGUGUCCAGGCUCAGCCCAGGGCCCAGCCCCAUCCCCAGACCACAUGGUCCAGGUGCCCACAAACCCAGCUCAUCCAGCCCCAGACCAAAGCCCGCUUCCCAGCACUCCAGCAGACCCGUCUCCAGGCCCAAGCCCAGGCCAGGGGACGGGGCCCCGGGGCCGAGGCAGGGGGAGGGGGCCCCGGGGCCGAGGCGGAAGCCCCCCCCUGCAGAGCCCCUGGUGAAGCUGGACCACGAGGGCGUGACUUCUCCUAAGACCAAGAAGACCAAGGCUCUGAUGCUGCUGGAGGGGCGGGGCCAUGCUCCCGUCGCCUUGACAACAGGGAGUCAGAAGCCAGCAAAGCCCAAGGCGAGGGUUCCGGAGAGGGAGGCGGGGCCAGAGAGAGACCCCGCCUACAAAGGCCCUGUGUCAGGGAAGGAAAAGGCUGAGGGGCGGAGAGGAGGGGAGAGAGAGGAGAGGAAGAGAGAGGAGAGGAAGAGAGAGGAGAGGAAGGAGGGAGAAAAGAAAGAGGACUCUCACACCAGCACCAGUUCGGAGUCAGAGGAGGAAGAGGAGGACAAAGAACAGAAGAAGAAGAAAAAGUGUGGCUCUAACUGCUCCUCCUCCAGCCCCGCCUCCUCCUCCUCCUCUUCAACCUCCAGCACCUCCUCUUCCUCCUCCUCCUCCUCAUCCUCCUCCUCUUCGUCCUCCACCGAUGAGGAGUCAUCGUGCAGCUCAGACGAGGAGACGCCCCCCCCUCCCCCUCCCCCACAGGACACAGCGGCAGAUGUAGAGGGAGAGGAGGAGGAGGAGGAGGAGGAGGAAGAGGUGAAGAAGGAGGAAGUGAAAGAAGAAGCUGCUUCUCCUACCUCUCCACCUUCCUCCCCGUGGCCCACCUCGUCCUCCCAGCGCGCCCAGGGGAAGGGCUCCGGCCAGAGGGGCCGGCCUCCCAAGCAGAAGCCCAGCGGAGGGAGCCCAGCGGUGGGCAGGCCCAGGAGGAGGGAGGGCGUCCACCUGCCGACCACCAAGGAGCUGGCCAAACGCCAGAGGCUGCCCAGCGUGGAGAACAGGCCCAAGAUAUCAGCCUUCCUGCCCGCCCGCCAGCUCUGGAAGUGGUUUGGGAAACCCACGCAGAGGCGAGGUAUGAAGGGCAAGGCCAAGAAGCUGUUCUACAAGGCCAUCGUCCGCGGGCGUGAGAUGAUCCGUAUCGGGGACUGUGCUGUGUUCCUAUCGGCCGGCCGUCCCAACCUGCCCUUCAUCGGGCGCAUCCAGAGCAUGUGGGAGUCCUGGGGCAGCAACAUGGUGGUGCGCGUCAACUGGUUCUACCACCCAGAGGAGACCAGCCCUGGGAAGAAACUCACAGACAAGAAGAACUGGGACCAGAUGUCUGGACAAGCUUUACCUGCAUGUCUGCACUCCUCUGCCCAGAGAAAAGACUUCAUGGAGCGGGCGCUGUACCAGUCGUCCCACAGCGAUGAGAACGACGUCCAGACGGUCAGCCACAAGUGUCUGGUGGUCAGCGUGGACGAGUACGCUCAGAUGACACACACGCGUCGCUAUGCCGACAGCGAAGACCUGUACUACCUGGCCGGGACGUACGAACCCACCACCGGCAUGAUCUUCAACACGGACGGCGUGCCCGUCAUCUGCUGAACAUGCUACACACACGCUACACGGAGCGGGAGCCCAGCUACAUCUGACCCUGCCAACUCUGACACACACCUGAGACUGGAGACACUAAAGACAGUGUUGUGAGGAAACCAGUGAGGCCUAGGUCUCCUUUUAGACGUACUGACACAAACACACUCUCUCUUUGCUCAUUUAGUGCAUAGGCUGACAUUUGUAUAUAUGGACUAAAACACACAUCCGUACACACACCUGUAAAUACUCCACUGCACACACAUGUACACACACCUGUACAUACUUCCUAGCAAACACACAGAUAUAUAUAGAGGAACACAAACGUCUUAUUUUCGUGUACCACAGAUAUGUGAGAGUACUUUUCUAAAGAGUAAAGAAGUACAGAAGCUUUAAUGAACUGUGAGUGAUGGAGGAAGAGAGAAAGGAUAGAGAGUGAUGUUGCCGGUUCCUCUGCAUAUGUAGACAUACUCCAGUCAUGUGACGUUGUCCUGAGGUUACCGUAGUGUUCCAUUUACCUGAUCGUAUCUCAAGUGUAUCUAAAUACAGGACAGCAGGAGAGAGAGAGAGAGCGAGAGAGAGAUACAGGACAGCAGGAGAGAGAGAGAGGAUGUUUAUGGUUCCCAACAGAUAUCCCUUCCAUACUGCUCGGCUCACUGAAGUCCUUCGACAAUCCAACCCAGGUUGAGUGAGUCAGUCUCUGUCACGUGACAUUUCCUCCCAUUCAGGUCAGAGAGAAAGACGGACAGAAAAAAAGGGAGGGGGGGGGGUAUAAAAUAUAUAGUUCUGGCAAUUUCUGUCUCCAUUAUUAAGUUCCUUUACCUCUUCCUGUCUGUAAUAGGCACCCUUUGCUCCCGUCCUCUGAACACAGUCAUGGCUGACAAUGGAGGGCCUGAUCACUGAACUGCCCUGCACAAGAGAGUCACUGACUGGGUGGGAGACCUGUCUGUCUUCCUAAGACCCUCCCCUUCUUGCAGUCUGUUCUGUAGACUCUCUCACACACCCACACCCACACCCACACACACACACACACUCGGAUGUAUUUAGUCCUUCUUUUUGACACUGAAAUAUUUGUCGAUGUUUUGGCUGCUGGUGUGUUUCUGUAUGCAUGAUGUGGUGGGGAGAGUUCACAGUGUUCAGGCCGGGAGUCUGGAGUCCGCAGGCUUGAUGGAAAUGUUUUGCCAAAUCAUCUCUCCCCCUGUACCCAGACUGCUUAGCGUCUGCAUGGAAUUGUAACCUGUUCCUGAAGCCCUCAGCCAGUCUGAGAGUUCAAAAAGUUAAUAGUUUAUACUCUUGUGUACAUCAGAGUAUAUCAGAUAUCAGUAUCUGAAAUGAUCAUGUUUAUUUUAGUGUUUCAUACCACGUUGCCCUGUCUCUCCUGCAGAGACGAUGUCUUGUUGAUAUUCAAUAGGUUUAUAUUUCUAAUCUGUGACCUGAGAUCGUUUGGUCUUGUCUAGAGGUGUCCAGGAAAUCAUCAGUUUUUUCUACACUCUGAGAUCUUUGUGUGAUGUCUGGAGGUGAAACCUUAAUGAUCCCUGCAGGCAAUCCAUAGGAUGUCCGUUAUUACAUUUUGAACUGUAAGAUAUAUUAUCACAGCCACAAGAUGGUUUUGCAAUCAGAGUUGGAGGUUGACAUCCAGUAUAUAUAUAUAUAUAUAUAAUAGAUCCUUUGCUGCUAGUGGGAGUAUCUACAGAUCUCACAGUGCAGACAGACUGUGUGCACUGUUGUUCUCUGGUCGUUGUGUUAUGUCUGAGUCAGGAGAGUUCAGUCAGUGAGGCUCCAGAUCAGGACUGGUCCCUGUCUGAUGAUGUCAGAGUGGCUCCAGAUCAGGACUGGUCCCUGUCUGAUGAUGUCAGUGUGGCUCCAGAUCAGGACUGGUCCCUGUCUGAUGAUGUCAGUGUGGCUCCAGAUCAGGACUGGUCCCUGUCUGAUGAUGUCAGAGUGGCUCCAGAUCAGGACUGGUCCUUGUCUGAUGAUGUCAGAGUGGCUCCAGAUCAGGACUGGUCCCUGUCUGAUGAUGUCAGAGUGGCUCCAGAUCAGGACUGGUCCCUGUCUGAUGAUGUCAGAGUGGCUCCAGAUCAGGACUGGUCCCUGUCUGAUGAUGUCAGAGUGGCUCCAGAUCAGGACUGGUCCCUGUCUGAUGAUGUCAGAGUGGGAGAUGUUCCUGGACUGUUUUAAGUGCCCAUAUGAAUGUUUAACCCUCCAGCUGUUUGAAGCACUUUCUUCUGUGUGUGGGUGAUAAGAACCAGAGGGAUCUCUCUUUCACUCACACACACACACACACUCCCAUGCUAUUACUACACACACACACACACUCCCAUGCUAUUACUACCCACACACACUUGCCUGUUUCCCAUCCAAUACAACCCCUUUCCUCCGUCCAUGCCAGGUUUUCAUCUCUACACACACAUGACACACACAUGACACACACGUGACACACACGUGACACACGUGACACACACGACACACACGUGACACUUUCAUCCGUCUCAUCCUGUUCUCCCUUCACUGUGAUCUGGUGUCAAAUCAGGAUUGAGCUUGUCUCAGACUGUGUCCCGUAUAUAUUUUGUUUGUUUUGUCUUUAAUUAGACUUUUACCAUUUAUGAUCAGUGUUUCACCUUAGCUUGUGAACGGGCCACACUAACAACAGGGUUAGGGUUAUGUGUCUGCUGCAGGCUACAGGCUUUCUGCUCUGCAAUAUUGUUCUUUCAUUAUCGCAUUCGCUUGGUUCCCCUCUCAGAACAAUCAUCCCUGCCUCUAGUGCAGCUCUGCUGCCAAGGCAGAGAGAGAGGGAUGAGGGAGAGAGAGGGAUGGGGAGAGAGAGGGAUGGGGGAGAGAGAGGGAUGAGAGAGAGAGGGAGAGGGAUGAGAGAGAGAUAGGAGGCUGGUUCUUUGUCUGCUGUUUCGAUAUGUCAUGUUAUAGAAAAAUAUAUUUUGAAAGUUUAAACAAAAUGAUGUUUUGUAAAUGGUCCUUCAUGAGAGGGGGAGAAAUCUGCAUAUUCUUUGAAACGCGUCUGGUCUUGUAAAGAGAAGGAAUACGUUUUAGAAAAACUCUAAAGAUAUCUGUGUCCCCACACUGCACGUGUACGGAGACUUGUCUCAGAGUCUUUUCUUUUUUUACAGAAAACAACAAACUUAAUCAGUGUUUCUUUCCAAUCCUUUUAGUAAUUCAGUAUUUUAUAGCUAAUCAAUAAACGUGAAAAAAAAACUA